AUGCCAUCAUCGACGAAGACAACGACGACGUACCAACGAACAAAUUGGAAGAUCCCACCCGUCUUCUACGUCGGCGGAGAAUACAUCCGGGACAAAGACGGGACGCACAUGAGUGGCCAGAUGUGCGUGCGACACUACGGCCCCGCCGGCGACGACGACGACGACACGCAGAAAGACCGGCCGGCGGUGAUAUUCCUCCACGGCGCCGCGCAGACGGGGACGCACUUUGAAGUCACUCCCGACGGGCGGCCGGGGCUAGCACUGUUGCAGGCACAGGCUCAAGCGCAGGGAAAAGGAGGAUGGGACUGUUACGUGGUCGACCUCGUGGGCGUGGGCCGGUCGCGGUACCACUGCGGCGACAUGGGCGCGCUGAAGCACUACACGGUCGAAGAGCUGCAGAUGGCCUUCACGGCGCCGGACCCUCCAUCGUGGCCGACGGCGAAGCUGCACACGCAGUGGCCCGGCAGGGGAGUCAUGGGCGACCAGAUCUUCGACGCCUUCUACGCCAGCCAGGUCGGACACGUGCCGGAGUACAAGGUGAUAGAGAGACUGGUGCGCAGAGCCGCGCGGCCUCUCCUCACCAGAACUGGUCCGGCGUACCUGGUCACGCAUUCCCAGUCGGGGCCCUUGGGGUGGCAUAUCGCCGAUGCGUGUCCGGACUUGGUCAGGGGCAUCGUGGCGCUGGAGCCGCACGGCCCGCCGUUCGAGUGUCCGGACGUGGCGCCGUUCAACAGACGCCCUGCCAUGGUCGGCACGCUGCUGCAUCCGUUCGGCAUCACCUCGACGCCCUUGCGCUUCUCGCCCGAACUGGACGCGGACGCAACGCAGCUCAGCUACCUCCGACAGACCGACCUGGAGACGCCGACUCACGAGACCCUGGCGCGGGGAUGUCGACAGACACGACCCCCAAGACAGCUCGUCAACCUCGCCUCGAUCCCCGUGCUGCUGCUCACCGCAGAGGCCUCGUACCACGCUAGCUAUGACCACCUGACGGCCGACUUCCUCCGCGACGCGGGCGUACCGGUCGAUCACGUCUAUCUCGCCGAGCGGGGCAUUCGCGGGAAUGGUCACUUGAUGGCCAUUGAAGAAAACAAUGAAGAGAUUCAGGCGUUCAUCAAUCGGUGGCUGAUGAAAACAGAAGAAGCUCGUUCAAGAUCUUGA